AGCUGCAUCACAACUACUCACGGACAGCAAGUACCAGCACUCAAUCAUGGCAAUAGCGGCAGUGGGGCAGAUAUGCUCUACGGCGUCAAUGACGCACAAUCUCGAACAAUGCAUUAAGCUUGUUUCCAAGGCGGCUGCUGCCGGCGCAAAGGUCCUCUUCCUUCCAGAGGCAUCAGAUUACAUAGCCACGUCUGCCGCCGAGUCUCUCUCACUUGCCAAACCAGUGGCCAGCUCCCCAUUUGUGACCGGCCUACAGUCCGCAGCAGCGAAGCACUCUCUUGCCGUGCAUGUCGGCAUACACGUUCCAGUAACUGUGAAGGCGGUCAACUUGCAGACUACUAAUCCGAUUCUAACGACCGUUCCGCAAGCGAAAGAGACUUCAAGCUCAGACUCAUUCAAAGAAGGGAUAUCGACCAAGCUAUACAAUCGUACGAUAUGGAUCAACGAGGACGGCUCUAUUAGUGAGAAAGCGAACUACGACAAACUGCACCUGUUUGAUUAUGCAUCCCUGAGGGAGUCUAACUCAACCCAGGCCGGAACGUCCUUCACAACUCCAUUCCAGUCUGCAAUAGGCCGUAUAGGCAGUCUCAUUUGCUUUGACCUGCGAUUCCCAGAGGCGGCGCUCCAUCUCGCCAAGCCACCAGCAUCGUCAGCCUUCGCAAUUUCACCAGCACAAGUCCUGCUUUACCCAUCUGCCUUCACAGUGCCCACGGGACGAGCGCAUUGGGAGGUCCUCUUAAGGUCCAGGGCCAUCGAGACCCAGAGCUGGGUCAUCGCGUCUGCACAAGUCGGUAGACAUGGCGAGGGAGCCAAAAGAGUCAGCUACGGCAAGAGCCUGGUGGUCGACCCAUGGGGCAAGGUAGUCGUUGAAUUGAAAGGAGUGAGAGGGGAGAACGAGGGAGAAUGGGAGGCUGAGGACGGUGCUAUCGGUGAGAUUGGGCUCGUUGACAUAGAUCUAGAACAGUUAGAGGGUGUCAGGGAGAGGAUGCCUCUCAUUCGAAGAACUGAUGUAUACUCAGAGAUUUGAUAGGAAACACCAGGGAUGACCGAGGCGCUUUGAGACUGGUAUUUUUUGUACGUGUUUCCAAAACGUCGAUACUACCAUCGGUGGAUAAGAGUAUUGCAAUUUCGUUCCUGAAACUGGCCCCUUGCUGAAAGAUGGCAAGCCCCGGAACUCCAGCAUUUCAAGACUUGUGGCUCAGAAUAAAUUCUGUUUAAAAAAAAACUUACCUUCUCAUCGUCAUCGUCUAGACGCUAUAAGCCCGAGGUCAUAUCUAACAGCAG